GCCCAGGUGAGGGAGGGGCCCCAGACGCGGUUCACCUGGCUGGGCAGGUAAUGCCAAGGCGGGGUUGGGGGCCACGAUUUCCCAGGAGGGGGGAGAGAAGGGCGCCCCUUGGUGUUGGGGGAAGGUGAGCUCGCCCCCAGGGGCCCCGGAGCGGCCGGAGGCCUUCCGUCAGGAAGUCGAGGCCUGGCCCAGGUAUCGCUGGUGGUGACACUUCCCCCUUGGAUGCCUCGGUCCCCUCCUUCCGCCCGUGCAGCACUCCCCCCUCCCCAUUUUUUGGAGUCUUUCGUCGCUGCCCGCCUCUUUCCCCCGAGGAUCCUCCGGCUUUGGGGAGGAGGUCGGAGGCCAGCCCAACUCCGAAGGGCUGGGCGAGCGAAAGUUUGACAUUUGCACCGCGGAGGGCCCCCGGCGCUGCGGAACAGCGCAGGGUCUUCUGACAUGGAGGAAAUAGCUGCAUAGAACCUCAGUGAUUCCAUAAGAAGGCAAAGCAAAAGGUCUCUUAGGGGUGGUGAGUCAUGCUUGGGAAGAAACAAGAGCAUUGUCAAAACAUAAGCAACUAUGAUCAGCCCCCUCAAGAUGUUGCAGUCCCACAGAGAAUCAGUUCUCCUAAGGCAAGUGAUAUCAGCCUGGAGGUAUUUAGCGGUUCUACCCCAGAACUUAAACGCAUCCGCAGGCCCAGGCGGGAUAGAAGAGCCUAUAAAGCUGAUCCCAGAGACUCCCAUGGAGGCGAAGGAGAGACCAACACCUUUAUACCCAGACCUGCAGAAAGUGCCCCGCCCCCGUGCUGUCCCAGUCUUUCCCAGGCCUGGAAUACCUCCAAAGCAAUCUUCUGCUGCCUCGUAACCUGCGGGAGCUGCUUCAAGGACUGCCGAGCCAGUAUCUCAUACAAUAGCACCCUGACUGAUGACGGGAAGAACCAGGAGUGCAAUGGACGUUCACCCAACAGUCCUGCCAACAGCUCCCCCGGUGAAAAGAACGGAAGCCAAGCUGAGAAGAGCACAAUGGGAAGCAGUUUUAGCUACCCUGAUGUGAAACUGAAAGGGGUUCCGCUUUAUCCAAACCGGAACCCUGGCUCUGCCACAGACUCCGAUUCAUGUUACAAGGAACCUUUGCCAGAAAAGAUCCCUCAGCUCAGCAUCGAGAAGCAGCCUGCCCCUACUAGCCACCGAAGCUCUGAGGAACAUUAUUCCUUCCAUGAGUCUGAUCUUGAGUUUGGUGAGCUGAACAGCUCCAUGUCCAGUAGGGAGAUUGAUGGCCUAAUCUUCAGAAAGCUCACUGAGCUCUUCAGUGUCCACCAGAUCGAUGAGUUGGCCAAGUGUACAUCAGACACGGUCUUCCUGGAGAAGACCAACAAGAUCUCAGACCUCAUCAACAGCAUUACUCAGGACUACCAUUUGGAUGAGCAGGAUGCCGAAUGUAGGCUGGUCCGGGGCAUCAUACGCAUCAGCACACGCAAAAGCAGGGUCCGACCCCGUGUCCCUGCCCCGAGUCUCCCAAGUUCAGGGGAGAACAUGAGCCGAGGCAACCCACCUCCCAGUGGCAAUGAGACUAUGCUGGCAUCUUUUCUCACUAGUGAAGAAGAUUUACCUGUUCAGAUAUCGGUAGAAAAUACAGCGGAUGUGCAAGCCAGAAACAUGAGGCAAGGCGGCUACAGCACAGCAGGAUCCCCGCUGAGUAGAGGUUCUUCUUUCCAAGAUACAGAGACAGACUCCUCUGGAGCCCCCCUGCUUAAAGUAUAUUGCUGAGAAACAUGGACCUUGGGAACCCCCAAAAGCAGCAAGGCCUUCAAGUCAGCCUCACUAGCAGGUGGUGGAGACAUAGUUUAGAAGCGAAGCAAUUGGCAAUGAAGCGAUUCAAGCCAUCAACUGUGCCUUCCCAGGAAUACUUGAUUUCUGUUGCCAUUUUCCAAGGUUGAUCCUGCUGUAAACUUGCUUUAAGGUGACCAUUGGUGCUUUUUGACGAUUUCUUGGCCAAUGUUGAUCUCUGCUUGAGAUGUGAAUGGAUGUUAUGUAGCAGUGACAGCUUUUUGCACAUAUUUUUUCCUUUGACCAUUCAACUCUCCCUCUACCCUUGUCAGAUAAAAAUUCACAUCUGCAUUUUCUUUUGCAGAAUAAAAGAGAUCUUCUGCCUGUCAGGCUUAUUCAUACAACAGACUAUCUGUCAGUGGCUUGUCAUUCACUCUCUCAUUGGGAAUUCAGACUUGAUUGUUCUCAUGUAAUUCCCCUACCCCUUAAAAUAUGCACUCUUAAUUGUAAAUAACUCACCAGAACUGAUGAUGAAAUUUUGUUGAUUUAGGGAAUAUGACAAUCCCUCCACUGAAAUCUUCAGAAACUCUGUCUUUCCUGUAUUUUAUUUUAUUCUCUUUUCUUUUUCCCCGCCUCAUGUGAACCAUGGGGUGUCUAGACUGUCUGGAAAUGCAGGGUUUGGGGAGAGCUGUUAUUGCAUCUUAGAGUAUUUUGAUUCCUAUUGUGCUUUGGUGUUGUUGUUUUUUUAAAGAGCAAAUAAAGUGAUAUUUAAACAAUGAA